UCUUUUUGUCUUGUGUUGUGGUGCAUCUUCUUCACUUCAAAAUCGAUCGAUCCGUCGAGCAAAUACAGCAGGAAUUGAAGAUAACAAUAUAAUGGCUACUGAGCUGGAAUUGGGAAACAUCAAUAAUAUUGAUGAUUCAGUCUUCAAGGAUCUUGGGAAUCUGAGGGAGCAGCUCUACUCGGCUGCCGACUACUUCGAGUCUGCCUACCAGAAGGAACAUCGCAACCACUUUGUGUUGGAUUCUUCGAAAGAGUACGUGGGCAAGGCUGUUGUGAGCACAGUGGAUCACUUGGGGUGUGUGGCUGAUAAGCUCACCAAAUUGUUGGGACACAACCUCCAUCAAUUCUCUGCAACAAACCUUCGAUUUUCCUUCAUCCAACAGAGAUUAAACACAUUUCAAGAAUUUUCCAGCAGGAGAGGUGUCUCUCAGCACUUGUUGAUGAUCGAACCUUCCGGCGACUCCUUCGGCCGCCACAAGCGCUACUACAUUCCCGAGAGUAAUUUGGACUCAAGCACGACAGACAUCGCCGCGACUGAUGAUGUGCAGCCGCCGCAACACGAUACACCAUUUUCUAAAAAUUCAAUAGCCGCGAGGACGGCUUCAAGAGAACCAUCUACAAAUGCUUAUAGUUUUUCUUUCACAAAAGUCACGGCCAACAAAAGGCCAUCGAAGCACGCUGCCUCACCGCUUCGCUUUCCACUCAAAAUGUCCGAAUCUUUCAUUAAGAGAUCGGUUUCUCCGAGCCCCUCAACUAAGAACCAGCUUUGCAUAUCAGAGCCAAGAAGAGCAAUUUCAGCAUGUAGAGGGCGUGAAAUGGCGAACCGGGAAAUAGAGGUGGAAUCGCACGCCAAGAGAAGCGCGCAUCUAUUCAAAGCAUUGCUCAACGUUCAUCGUUCAAGAAAGGAUGCCGUUAUCAGUAGACAACAUGUGAAAUUUCCUCCGAAUGUUUUUCGUGCUUAAGAUACUUGGAGUAACAUGCUUAUUCAAAUUUUCAUUUUAUUUCGCCAUCCUCGACUCCAAAUAUGUUCUUGAACACACAUAUGUUCCUUCGAAUUUGCAGCAAUGAA